CAACAAGUCCAGUCUCGCGCAGUUAUUUCCGAUCGUCACUAUCCCCCAGUCUUUGCCUCCAUCCAUAUUUUGACCAGCAAAGCUAUACCAAACCAAACCAAACCGCCCAACAUGUCGAUGUGGAUGUCGGACAGCCAAAAAAUUGGAGUUGUCUUCUGCUCUGGCGGAGGCUUCUUCCUCAUCGGAGGUGUGAUGCUAUUCUUUGAUAGAGCCAUGCUUGCUAUGGGAAAUAUCCUUUUCCUCAUCGGCUUGACAAUCAUCAUCGGACCUCAAAAGACACUCCUCUUCUUUGCUCGAAAGCAAAAGGCUAAGGGCACCGCAGCCUUCUUCCUCGGCUUGAUCCUUAUUCUCAUGAGAUGGACCUUUAUCGGCUUCCUCGUCGAGGCGUACGGCAUAAUCAUCCUUUUUGGAGACUUCCUCGGUACGAUUGCUAGCUUCGCGCGUGGCCUUCCCGUCGUAGGGCCCUAUAUCGGAAUGCUCGUCGACAGGAUUGGUCUUGGUCGACGCAACGCCGAGCUUCCUGUCUAG